AUGGCUGAGCAGGACGCUCCUUACGACCCCUACAUUCCCAGCGGACAGGCUGCCGGACAGGCGCCUCAACAGGGCGGCAAUGCCAGAACACAAGCGCUGCAAGCACAAAUCGACGACACCGUUGGUGUUAUGCGAGAGAACAUCAACAAGGUGUCCCAACGGGGCGAGCGCCUAGAUGCCCUGCAAGACAAGACGGACAACUUGGCUGUUUCCGCUCAAGGUUUCCGUCGUGGCGCCAAUAGAGUCCGCAAGCAGAUGUGGUGGAAGGAUAUGAAGAUGAGAAUGUGCCUGAUUGCAGGUAUCAUUAUCCUCAUUCUCGUCAUUGUCGUCCCUACCGUUGUUGCAACUAAGGGGAAAUAG